UCCCUAUCGCAGGGUGGGGGAGCUGUGUGGGAGAGGAGCACAGAUUCCGUCUAACGGAGAAGCACGGAAAGGGAAACGGGCGAGAAACAUGAGUCGAAAUCGCCCUUGUGAAGGUUUCCACCUUGAAGGAAUAAAAAUUCUCCCCCGAUUCUAGGAAGGACGAGUAAAGGAGGACAUUAAUGUGAGAAAGGGAGCGGAAGCAGGCGGAAGAAGAGGCGCGUCAAAGGCGUCUGACAGCCAGCUCAGGAACUUCGCUGGAUUUGGUUUCUUUACUUUACUUCAAGACGACUCUCAGCUUGUGGCUCCGUAGAUGUUCACGCGCUGUCUGUGAUUGUAUAUGUCAGUGGCGGACCUGAUCCUGGACCGAGUUGUGCUUUGGUAAACAGAAGGCACCAUCGCAGUUUGGAAGUACAAUGCAGGCCGUCCGCGGCUUGAUCUAUGUAUGUCUCCACCACGGGGACAAGCCCACGUACUGGAUCUAAACUUUGUCUCCCAGCUUCACCGAGUUCCUGUCGGCCCGGGACUGUGGAUCUACCCAGUUAGGAGGGACUUUCUGUGGACCUGCGCUGUAAAUCAACACGUCGCAGUGGGAUUGCUUUGUUUACAUGCGUGUGUGCAGCAGAGCCGACGGCCUGCGUAGUGGAUGGGGAUUACACUGUUGGCUCGUCUAAAGGGGCUCCUUCUCACCCGGGCACAGGCACGCCACCUUCAGCUGUAGGCGGCUGAAGGGGAGCUGAGAGACCGCAACACACAGUGGAGCUCUGGCUGUGCAGGCUCUGUGACAUUGCUCGGUGUGUGUGUGUGUGUGUGUGUGUGUGUGUGUGUUUGUGUGUCACUGGAUUAAUCUGAGUGGUAACAUCACUCCACACUGCCCUACUCUGUCCAGUGACGAGUCCCCCAGAAAGCGCCAGUAAUUGGAGCUAUUUUUAGAGUAAGGCAUGGGGUAAAAGCGGGCAGCUGGAAACCCAACUCCCCCUCCACCUCCUUCUCUGCCACCCCUGCUAACACACUACCUCGCUCUGCCCACACGGCUGGCAGUAUGCUGGGCGAGCCUGGUUAGCACAGACUUCACUUGUGGCUAGUUACUGGGUUUUGCUAGUGGUCUGGAACAACAACACACAUUGGAUGAACUUGUUCUGCUGAUGGAUAUGAGAUCUGUUGGAACCAUAAAUUGACCUGGGAAUACUACCUGCACUAUAUUCUAAGUUAGGGCUGCACUGGACACACCAACCCUGUACUGGAUUACUACUAAGAUGUCGGAACAAAUAUUAGCUGUGUACUUUUGGUUCAACCUAUCAUAAGCAAGUAAAGUCUAUCCUUGUAGCCCUUGGACAUUUAGCUCAAACUCUUAAUCUGAGUAGCCACUCGUUAACACACUGAAGUAGAAGAAAGGCCGACUUUUGACUACUUAAAGUGUCAGUCACCAGCGAUCUGGAGCGGUACAAACCUCCAGCACACAGAAAGAAUGCACGAAACUGCCGAAACCAACGAAACAAAAAGCUAACCUGACUUACCAAAUAUUCUAUUCCCCCCCAAACCCACAGAGCAACAGAAUAUAUAUGUAGAAUGAGAGAUCUAUAUCUAUAGUGUAACUCCACAGAAGAUUACAUCCUUUAUAUUUUUACUUCAGAGAGACAAGCUGCCUGUACACCAGUUGGUUGCCUUAGAAACCACAGUCACAAAAAAGAGAAAAGAAACAAGCCAGAGAAGACGGUGCCUUUUGAUUGGUUGGUUGGUUUCCCACCAUUUCAAGAUUCAUUGAUUUAGUUGGAUGUAAACUGUUUGAAGUGAACUCUGGGAUUGAAAACGCGCCUCAUGACAGGCUGAACCCCCACAAGCUCCGCCCACCUGUUAAUUAAGUGUUGUGAUUGGCCAUAUCUUCCCUGCUGGAUUGGACAAUUACCGAGCAUUUCCAUGGUGAUCACGUCAUCAUCCGCGGAGGACAAGACUGUGCCCCCUUGCAGGAUGGUCCAGACAGAACCCUGGAUCAGCUCUGCCCUGCUGCGCAAGAAUAAGAGUGUAAGCAGCUCAGGAUGUCCGCCCACCUCCUCCUCCUCCUCCUCCUCCUCCUCCUCCUCCUCCACUGCCCAGGGCUUCUUCCUCGCUGAGCCAGCCAUGACCAGCCAGCACACACAUACACACCCCUCCUUCAGCUCCAUCCACUCCAUGGCCGAGCAGCAGCAGGUGCUGUCUGAUAUGACCAUACUCCAGCGGAGGAUCCCCCCUAGUUUCAGAGACCCUGCCAGCGCCCCUCUGAGGAAACUCUCUGUUGACCUCAUCAAAACUUACAAGCACAUCAAUGAGGUGUACUAUACUAAGAAGAAGCGACGGGCCCAGCAGGUCCCCCCAGAGGACAGCACCACCAAGAAAGAGAGGAAAGUCUACAAUGAUGGCUAUGACGACGACAACUAUGACUACAUUGUCAAAAAUGGAGAAAAGUGGCUGGACCGCUAUGAGAUAGACUCGCUGAUCGGGAAAGGCUCCUUCGGACAGGUGGUGAAGGCCUACGACCACCAUGAGCAGGAAUGGGUUGCCAUUAAGAUCAUCAAGAACAAAAAGGCAUUUCUAAACCAGGCACAGAUUGAACUACGCCUGCUGGAGCUCAUGAACAAGCAUGACACUGAGAUGAAAUAUUACAUAGUCCACCUGAAGCGUCACUUUAUGUUUAGGAACCAUCUCUGUUUGGUGUUUGAGUUAUUGAGCUACAACCUGUACGAUCUGCUGAGGAACACCAACUUCAGAGGAGUGUCCCUCAACCUCACCAGGAAGUUUGCACAGCAGCUGUGUACAGCGUUAUUAUUUCUGGCCACUCCAGAGCUGUCAAUCAUCCACUGCGACCUGAAACCAGAGAACAUCCUGCUGUGCAACCCUAAGAGAUCUGCCAUCAAGAUAGUCGACUUUGGCUCCUCCUGCCAGCUCGGACAGAGGAUCUACCAGUACAUCCAGAGCAGGUUUUAUCGCUCUCCUGAGGUUCUGUUGGGGAUGCCAUACGACCUGGCCAUCGACAUGUGGUCUCUGGGAUGCAUCCUGGUGGAAAUGCACACAGGAGAGCCUCUCUUCAGCGGCUCCAAUGAGGUUGACCAGAUGAAUAAGAUAGUGGAGGUUCUGGGGGUCCCGCCCAGCCACAUGCUGGAUGCAGCUCCUAAAGCCAGGAAGUAUUUUGACAAGCUGUCAGAUGGCCUGUGGACGGUGAAGAAGAACAAGGACAUCAAGAAGGAGUAUAAGCCCCCAGCCACACGGCGUCUUCAUGAGAUAUUGGGUGUAGAGACUGGGGGCCCAGGGGGACGCAGGGCAGGGGAGCCAGGACACGCCCCCUGUGACUACCUGAAGUUUAAAGACCUGAUCCUGCGCAUGCUGGACUAUGACCCUAAAAGCCGCAUCACGCCAUUCUACGCCCUGCAGCACAAUUUCUUCAAGAAGACGACAGAUGAAGGAACCAACACCAGUUCAUCUACAUCCACCUCUCCUGCCAUGGACCACUCCCAUUCAACCUCCACUACUAGCUCUGUCUCUAGCUCUGGUGGCUCCAGUGGUUCUUCCAAUGACAACCGCAACUACCGCUACAGUAACCGCUACUACAACUCUGCUGUUACACAUUCAGAUUAUGAGAUGACCAGCCCUCAGGCUCCCUCCCAGCAGCAGAUGAGGAUGUGGCCCGGCAGUGAUGGUGGAGGUGGGGGUCAGGACCCAGCAUACACCCAGUUGCUGCUCCACAAGCCGGCUGCCUCCCAACAACACCAGCGCCACUUCCUGGACCCGCCCCACCACCCCCACCCCACCUACUCCCACCACGGGAACGGAGGGCGUGGCCUGCGGCAGGGUGGACAGACGGGCAUCGGUGGAGGGGGGGGCCAGCAGGGCUCCUCGCCCCAGAUGAGUGACAGCAUGGAUGUGGGCGUGUCCCUAGGGCUGCACCACCUGGGGGCGGUGUCUUCCAUGGAGGCCUCUCAGUUUGGCUCCGCCUCCCUGCCCCUCGCUUUGCCAAUCGGACUGUCUGCCUUCCGGACUCGGACGGCCCCCACCGCCCCAGGGCCACAAGCCCCGCCCCCUGAGGACUACUACCCUGCCUCCAACAACAAUAACCCGGCUGCGGCGGGCAGAGGGAGGCCGGACUCAGACGAGGGGCCCGCCAACUCUUGAUAAAACCUGAACCAUGCCCUAAAGCCAUACAAUUUUAACUACAACUACUACAACUACACACACACAGCCAGAGGUCAGAGGUCAGAGACAAAGAGGCAAACUUUGUGCUGAAGGAGUUUGUACUGCAUGAGAGGAGGAGGAGCAGGAGGAGGAAGAUGCUGGGAAAACUCCUUUGAUCUGCUUUUUAGUUUGUUGUCUUUCGAUGCGACUGUAAUUGGAAAAGGAAUGAUUGUGACAAGUUUGUUUUUAUUAAUAUUAUUAUUAUUAUUGUUGUUGUUUAAUAUUAUUUGAUUUUUCUCGGGUUUGAGGAGUUGUGUGUUCUACUUGGUUGUUGUUUAAGCCUGGAGAGGAGGAGGAGGACGAAGAGGAAAGAGAGAGGAGCCAUGCUUUCCCAUGUUUCUCCAUGUGGUGGCAUCAGUGCAGUCAGUCAGUCCCUGGAGACGAGCAGUCUUAACACACACACACACACACACACGCACACGCACACGCACACGCACACGCACACACACACACACACACACACACACACACACACACAGCUGCAUCAAGCAGACAGAAGCUGGUUCAAAGGGAGAAAGCACCAACACGUGUGAUUCAGGACUCAUGGACUCUCUCUCCUUUUCUUGGAGUUUGUGUCCUCGCUCUGACAGCGUACGGGGGGGGGCAGGGGGGAGGAGGCAGGACACUGACGCUCAUAGGGAUCUCCUCCUCCUCCUCCAGCUCUCCCUCCCUGCUUCCUUCUUCCUCUCCUCCUCCUCCUAUGUUUCUCCUCCAGACAGCUCCUCCUCUCUGUGCUGCUAAUCACCAUGACAACUGGUCCGGAUUGCUGCUAAAGAUCCAACACAGAUCAAUAAAGAAAUAAAAAGAAAUAGAAACAGAAAUAAAAAAAAA